UUGGGGUUUCGUGUUGGGAGGACGGAGUCAUGGCGGGGGCGCAUGGGCACUUGCGCGAGCUGCAGGGACCUCUGCUCCCACCCAAGGACCUGCUGGAGGAGGACGACGACUAUCUGAGGGACGAUGCGGAGGAGGAGGACGACGCCGGCUUCCUGGACGCCGAGGAGCUGUGCAGCGGGGGCGUGAGGGCGGCCGGCCUCCCGGGGCGCCUGCGCGUUGUAAUUUUGGAUGAAAACACUCGAGAGCGAUGUGAAGUGUUUGGACGUUUUCCAAUAACGGGUCCUUGGUGGCGAGUGAAGGUAGAAGUAAAGCGUGUGGGAUCGAGGUGCUAUCAAGUUCAAGGAUUUCCAUCUUACUUUUUACAAUCUGAUAUGUCCCCACCAGAUCAACAACAUAUCUGUUCCCUUUUUCUUAAAGAAUGUGGUGUCUCCGGUGAUAUUAUAACUAAAUUUUUAGCAUGGGUAAAUGAAGUAUCAAGCUAUGAAAACCUCAACUUUGAAAAUCUUAGGGAAACAUAUAGAACUUUCCACAAGGAAAGUGAAAGGAAUGGUGAAAAACAGUCUACACAGAAUGAACAGGAGGAGUCAUUACCAGAUUAUGAGAGGAGCCUCCCUCUGGAAAACUCAAUUCCAUUUAGAAAUGUAAUGACAGCUCUGCAGUUUCCAAAAAUAAUGGAAUUCCUUCCAGUUCUUCUGCCUCGACACUUUAAACAGCUCGUAAACUCGGGUUCUCAAGAGGUGUUGGAAAAGAUAGAAGAGAUUUUAAGUACACAUCCAUGGAAACUUGGAUUUAAUAGAAUAACCUGCAGAGAACUGAAGCUUCUGCGAUGUGAAGCAAGCUGGGCGGCAUUUUGUCAGUGUGAGGCUCUUCUCCGGUUGAUGGCUGAUUUGGAGAAGAAUGCAUUAAUAAUAUAUUCUGAGCUGAAGCAGAUAUGCAGAGAGCACGGGCACACAUACGUGAAAGAAGCUGACUUGACUCCUCUGCUGUCAAACCGUAUGUCUGUUGAGGGUGCUUGGCAGUCUCUGCGGUUUCUGAAGGAUGUUGGUGUGGUGACCUAUGAGAAGGCCUGUGUCUUUCUUUACGACCUUUACCAGGCUGAGAGAGGCAUCGCCUCUUCCGUGUGUGACCUCAUGACCAGGCCUCCGUGGCGUCUACACGUUGAUAUCAAAGAGGUGCUUGCGUCCAUUCACACCACAGAACCUGAGGAUUCAGGAGGUGAUGAUAUGCUGAAUGAAGGUGAACCGGAUGAAGCAAGGUUAGAAAAUUCCGUGGACAACCAGAACACACAGGACAGCGGUGACCAUGUUUGGGAUAAUGGUGAAAAUGAAGUUAAUGCAGAAAUAAGUGAAGUUCAGCUGGAUCCGGAUCAGGUGGCUGCUUUGGAGAUGGUUUGCUCCAAUGCUGUGACGGUCAUCAGUGGGAAGGGUGGUUGUGGGAAGACCACAAUUGUCAGCCACCUGUUUAAGCACAUAGAGCUGUUGGAAGAAAGUGAAGUGAAAAAAGUGUGUGAAGAUUUUGAACAAGACCAGGAUGUCUCUGAAGAAUGGCCUACCUUUAUAGAGCAGAGUCCACUGAAGGUGGACAAGGCUAUAGAAGUUCUCCUUACAGCACCCACAGGGAGAGCAGCUGGCUUGCUGAGACAGAGAACUGGUUUUAAUGCUUAUACACUACAUCAGGUCAAUUAUAGCUUCUAUUUAUGGAAGACAAAAAUGGUGGAAAGGCCAUGGAAAUUUUCUUCGGUUAAAGUUCUGGUUGUGGAUGAAGGGAGUUUGGUAUCUGUGGGAAUCUUCAAAUCGGUUCUAAAAUUAUUGUGUGAGCACUCCAAACUUUCUAAGCUUAUUAUCCUCGGUGAUAUUAGGCAGUUACCCAGCAUUGAACCUGGUAACUUGCUGACAGAUCUUUUUGAGACUCUUAAGCCAAGAAAUUGUGCUAUUGAACUAAAGACAAACCAUAGAGCGGAAUCUGAGCUCAUUGUGGACAAUGCUACAAGAAUCUCAAGACGCCAGUUUCCGAAAUUUGAUGCAGAGCUGAAUAUCUCUGAUAGUGCAAUAUUCCCUGUCUCAAUACAAGAUAAAACAUUUAUUUUUGUCAGACUCCCAGAAGAAGAAGCCAGUUCUGAAUUAUCAAAAAAUGAUGAUCAAUCUCAUUUAUAUUCUGCAGUUAGAACUUUACUCCAAGAAGAUGACCUACGAGAUGCACAAAAAUCACAAUUUAUUGCCUUUAGAAGGCAAGACUGUGAUGUCAUCAACGCCUGCUGUUGCAAGCACUAUACAGGCCGCAUCGGCAAAGACCAUCAGAAUAGACUUGUAUUUGGAGUUGGUGAUAAAAUUUGUUGUACCAGGAAUGCAUAUCUCUUGGACCUACUCCCUGGAAAUACCUCCAGCUGUCAGCAAGAUAAUGAACUAGAGGUCAGCGGUGCAGACUUGGAUGGUACUCCUCCCGGUUUUGCUAAAAAUAAGCAUGACCUGGAAAGUGGUAUUCGACUCUGCAAUGGAGAAAUAUUUUUCAUAACAAAUGAUGUAACUGAUGUGACCUUUGGAAAGAGAAGAUUUGUGACCAUUAAUAAUAUGGCUGGCUUGGAAGUAACUGUGGAUUUUCGGAAACUAAUGCAAAAUUGUCACAUAAAACAUGCAUGGGCGAGAACUAUUCACACUUUUCAGGGCUCUGAGGAGAAGACAGUCGUCUACGUGGUCGGGAGGGCCGGCCGCCAGCACUGGCAGCACGUCUACACCGCAGUGACCAGGGGCCGCUGCAGAGUGUAUGUCAUUGCAGAAGAGUCUCAGCUGCGGAGCGCAAUUGGGAGAAGAAGCUUCCCCAGAAGAACUCGUUUAAAACAUUUUUUGCAAAACGACCUCUCCAUGAGCUGUGCAACUCCAGCAGAUUUUGCAUCCCCAUCCAAGAGCUCUGGAGACAAUGGAGGACCCAGUGGAGCACCCAGCACACCGCUGUCAGCCUCAUCUACAGCUGACACGGUGACCAGUGCCGUCCCCAGAAGCGAGGCCUCUGGGGCUAACGACAGGGCGUUCUCCUUCCCUGGAAGGUGUAAAUUAUCUUCACCUGAUGAAAUGGAUACAGCUGAAGAUCCAUCAAAAUCGAGAGGGUCCAAAAGAUCCUGUGCCAUGAAUGACACUGGAAGUCCAAACAAACUUCUCAUGGUGCAAGAAUCUCCACAAGUGGCUUCCAGACUUCAGACUUUGAAACUAAAUAGUUUAACCCCCAGGCAACUUUUCAAACCCAGAGAUAAUCAAGAAGCUUAAUUUUCUUUCAGACUGUUCAAAAUAAUUGUCUUUUUUUUUUUCGUUCAACACAAAAUGAACAUCAUAGCUUCAAAGUAUCAAGAUAAAUGAACAUGUCUAUAACUGGAGUUUUAUUUUAGGAUGUUUGUUAGUAGAUGUUUUAAAUUCAUUUGAUCAAAGAAAACUUUAAUGAUUUGAACAUCUGUCAUCAUGAGAACUGGUAGCAUUGGACAUAAAUGAGGGAAAAAGAUGUUAUAUGUUUUUCUUAAAAAAAAAACUACUUUAAAAAGUGUUUUAUUUUUAGGAUAAUGCCUUAUUAACUUCUGUGAUCAUUGUGGAUGAUCUUUGCCAGUGGGUGGAAGCAAUGGUAAAGAUAAGCUGUAAUUGCGUCUCUCAUACGAUUGACACACAUUCCAGGACGUUGUGUCUUAUGCAAAGUGGUCAUCUCACAAGGCUGCCCCUCGCUCCAUCACUGCUGCCUGGACCCACCUCACCUUGGACUUUUCCUGGAAAUUCCUUCUGAGUUGCGAGCACAUUGUGUUUGUUUUCUUAAUUUGAGAUAUAAAUGACAUAUAACAUUGUGUAAGGUUAACGUGUACAAUGUGUUGAUUCGAUACACUUCUGUAUUGCAAUAUGAUCGCCACUAGCAUUAGCUAACACCCCUAUCACGUCACAUAAUUAUCAUUUCUUUUGGAAGCACAUUGUUUUGAAGACAUUCCACUUUGGAAAAGUUUUUCCUCUCAGAGUGAUUUGAUUUUUGUUUUUUUUUUUUUUGAGUUUUAUUUGUCAUUAAAUGGUAAAAGAAAAAGUUAAGAGGAAAAAUUUACCUUUUACCCUAAUGUUUUACAAAUAGGCUUAUUGAGAUAUAAUUCACAUAAAACUCACCCAUUUGAAGUGUACAACUGAGUGGCUUUUGGUAUAUUCAUAGAGUUGUACAACCAACACCACAAUCGAUUUUAGAACAUUUCUGUCACCCCCAGAAGAAACCCUGUACCUCUUAGCUCUAAUCCCCUCAUCCCCUCCAGCCCUAGGCAACUACUAAUCUACUUUAUCUCUAUGGAUUUGCCUAUUCUAGACAUUUCCUAUAAAUGGAAUCAUGCAGUCUGUUGUCCUUUGUUACUGACCUCUUUGACUCAGCAUCAUGUUUUCAGACUUCAUCCAUGUUGUAGCAUGUGUCACUGCUUCAUCUUUUUUAAAAAAAGAUUUUAAAAAAAUUUAUGUACAAAGAGCUAGCAUUGUUUCUUUCAUCGGAUAGAUGUCUUGGAUAAUCCAGUCAAGGAAGAUCACUCAGUCCAACUUGAAGCCUAUAUCCUUCAUGUACUGAUGGAAAAGCUGGAGGCAUAGAUUGAGGCCAUGUUUCCAGAUCAGACUGCUGGUUUGAGCUGAUGCGGCACGAUCGGGAACCUGGCUGAAUUUUCGCAAGUGGCUCCCAUAGAGCUGUGGGUGACCCCAUCUUGCUCUCAGUGGUGCAGUGAGGCGAAAGGCUUUCAUCUCUUUUUAUUACCAAGUAAUAUUCCAUUGUAUGGAUAGAGCACAUUGAGUGUAUCCAUUCAUCAGUUAAUGGACAUUUCGGUUGUUUCCACUUUUUGGCUAUUAUAACUAAUGCUGCUAUGAACAUCUAUGGACAAGUUUUUGUGUGGACAUAUGUUUUCAUUUCUUUUAGGUAUAUACCUAGGAGUGGAAUUGCUGGGUCAUGUGGUAGCUCUAUGUUUAACCUUUCGAGGAACGCCAGACUCUUCCAUAGCGGCUGCACUGUUUCAUAUUUACACCAGCAGUACCUGAGACCUGCAGCUUCCCCCCGUUCCCUCCAGACUUGUUAUUUUCUGACCUUUUGAUUAUAGCCAUCCUUGUGGACAUGAAGUGAUAUUUCAUUGUGGUUUUGAUUUGCAUUUCCCUUAUGGCUAAUGGUUUUGAUCAUCUUUUCAUGUGCUUAUUGGCUAUUUACAUGUCCUCUUUGGAGAAGUGUCUAUUCAGAUCUUUUGCUCAUUUUUAAACUGAGUUAUUUUUCAUUAUAAAGAUAUGAGUUCUUUAUAUAUUCUACAUAUGUCCCUCAUUAGAAACAUUAUUUGCAAAAUUUUUUUCCCAUUCUAUGGAUUUUAUUUUCACAUUCUUGAUGGUAUCCUUUGAAACACAAGUUGUAAAUUCUGAUGAUGUCCGGUAUAUCUAUUUUUGUUGUUGCUUGUGCGUUUGGUGUUAUAGCUAAGAAACCAUUGCCUAUCCAAAGUCAUGAAGAUUUAGUCCUAUUUUUUCUUCUAAGAGUUAAAUAAUUCUGGGUCUUACAUUUAGCUCUUUGAUUCAUUUUGAGUUAGUUUCUGUAUAUGGUGAGGCAGUGGUCCAACUGCAUUCUUUUGUAUGUGGAUAUCCAGUUGUUCCAGCUCCGUUUCUUGAAGAGACUCUUCUUUCCCCCGUUGAGUUGUCUUGGCACGCUUGUCAAAAAUUAAUUGAUUGUAAAUGUGAGGGUUUAUUUCUGGAUUCUCGAUUACAUUCCACUGACCCAUACAUCUGUCGUUUCACGAGCACAACGCUGUCUUCAUUAGCUUUGUAGUAAGUUUUGAAAUCAAGAAAUGUGAGUCCUCCAAUUUAUUCUUCUCUUUCAGGAUUUUUUGGCUUUUCUGGGUCCCUUGCAUUUCCAUAUGAAUUUUAGAAUCAGCUUGUCAAUUUCUACAAAGCAGCCAGCUGGGAUUUUUGAGGGAGAUUGUGUUGAAUGUAUAGAUCUGGGGAGUAUUGCCAUCUUAACAAUAUUAAGUCUUCUGAUCCAUGAACAUGGGGUGUCUUCCUUUUUUAUUUUUUUGUUUUAAAGUUUUUUUUUUUCUUUUAUUUAUUUAUUUUUUUGGUGAGGAAGAUCAGCCCUGAGCUCACAUCAUUGCCAAUCUUCCUCUUUUUGCUGAGGAAGAUUGGCCCUGAGCUAACAUCUGUGCCCAUCUUCCUCUAUUUUGUUUAUGGGAUGCAACCACAGCAUGGCUUCAUGAGUGGUACGUAUGUCCUCACCAAGGAUUCGAACUGGCGAACCCCGGGCCACUGAAGCAGAGCACGCGACCUUAACCACUACGCCACUGGGCUGGCCCCAGGGAUGUUUUUCUAUUUAUGUCUUCUCACAUUUUUCCAACAAUGUUUUGAAGCUUCAGAGUAUGUUUUCUACUUCUUUUAUUAAAUCUAUUCCUAAGUAUUUUUGAUCCUACUAACAAUGGAAUUGUUUUCUUUUUUGGGGGCAUGUUUGUUGGUACUAUAUAGAAGUACAAUUGAUUUUUGUAUAUUGAUCCUAUCUUGUAAUCUUGCUAAACUCAUUGAUUAGUUUUAAUAGAUUUUUAGUGGAUUCCUUAGGAUUUUCUAUAUACGAAAUUAUAUCAUCUGCAAAUAGAGAUAAUUUUACUUCUUCCUGUCCAAUAUGGAUGCCUUUUAUGUCAUUUUCUUGUCUUACUGCUCUGGCUAGGACCUCUAGUACACUAUGCACAUCCUUGCCUUUUUCCUGUGAAUUUACAAGGCCUACAAGGCAAUCUGCAAAAAUGAAAAUGUUGGGACUCUAGGUGUAGUUUUCUUUUUUUUAAGAUAGCAUAAUUGAAAUUUGUACAUUUUAAUAGUUUAUUUGAAUGUAUGUCAUAAAAUACAUGUACUGUUGUCUGAGGGCAGACAUGUGAUCCUGGAGUUCAGAUCUGUCCUUGUCACCCAGAAUAAACGUCCAGUUAGUGUUGGGGGGAUCCCGUCUGCAGGCUGUUUCGGCAUCUUCACCCGUGUGUCACACCCAUCCUCAUAGUCCCGGAGUGCAGAUAGGACUUCAGUCUCACAGGUGGGGAAACCGACCCACGGUGAGUGAAUUCAUACCACCAGUGAGUCCCAGAGCUGGAAUUCAAACCCAGAUCUGACUUCAGAACCCAUGCUCGUCCCACUCUUCUGUGCUACUUUUCAAGUUUAUGGCAAAACCUUCCUCUUGAGAAAAUGAGGUAACAAUAAGCAUUGUGUAGGACUCUGUCUGGAGCACUAAAAUAUAUUCAAAGCACCAAAAAAAUGCAUCCAUAUUUUUUUUUUGGCUUUUUAAAGUCACUGUUUAUUCCAUUUGGUAGAGGGUUUUUUUUUUUUUUGUCCAUACAAAUAUUUGCAACAAUUUUGAAUUCCCCAAAACCAUACAUAGACGAUAAAUAUCAUGCUAUUAAAGUAUUAAAUUUGUACAAAAAUACUUUACAGCUUAAUACUUGUUUGUUACAAAUAAAAAUACAUAUUUAAGUGA